AAUUGCGAUUGCGCUGUAAAAUUAAACCAUCUGAUGUUGACAUUUGGUAUCAACAUCAACAAAUUCGAUAUUUCAAACUAAUAAAAUCCAAUGUUGAAAGAUGGAUGGUGAAAACGAUUCAGUAAAUAAAAUAAAAAUAGGUGUACAUAAAAAAUUUGCAGAACUACAUGCGGCACUUGAAAUGCGAGAAAAACUGUUGUUACGGCAAUUAGAAGUAGUGGAGUCCACUAAGCAACGCAUGGUGGAGUGCGGUGCUGAAAACGGUUUUUUGACAAGACCUCAAUCUAUUGAAGGGAAUGAUAUAGAAAUAUUGUUCGAAAAUGAGGAUAAAUUACUAGGUUCCAUACGUUCUUUCGGUAGGUUUCAAUUGGGGUCCAUGCUUCUGGCUCUAAAACAAGAGGAUUAUAUUACUCCAAACUGUGACCAUGAAAUAAUGUACAAAAAUAUCCAAUCCGAUGAUAAUCAUCUCGAUAAAUUACCUCAACAAAUAAAAGUUUCCGAUCAUGUAGUGGUUGAUUUUACAAAGGAUAAAUCUAUAAUUGAGCACAAUACGAAAUACAUAAAUGAUUCAAUAGUUAAUAUAACACUUGAGGAAUCUAAAGAACUUAUAAGAAAAGCGCGUACAAAGAACGAAGCGCCAAUAUUCCCUUUGAAUUUGGAAGAACUAGAUGACGAGCUGGAAUCGUCUAUUGUUGAAGCAGUUUCUAAUUUAAGUCGAGAUUCUAAGCACAAUUUAUCUGAUAUGAAAGAAAAAAGUCCUGUAAAAAGAACUAAAUUAGGUCGAUCUACACAAAAAAUUACCAUCAAUAAUUGCAGUGGUACUAUUAACCUUCAGAAUAUAUCGAGUGUCACAAUAAAUUGCGGUAAUGACAAAUGUGAGCAUGAUGGCGAUAUGAAAACAUACAUCAACUUGGGCGAUUCAAAAAACUCUACGUCGAAUAUUGGUGCUAUAGUACCUUGCAUGGUUGAUUCCGUUUCAGAAUAUUCAACCCCCAGCUCAAUUGAUUCGAUUUCUAACCAGUCCAGUAACUCGAAUUCUAGAUCCCAUUCUAAGAAGCAAAAAAACUGCAAAUCAGUUGCGGAAGGUAGCACCAAGCUGAAUAAAGUCACUGAUCAAACUUUAUAUAACGGAUCAAUGGUCACAACAAAAGAACACACAACAGUCCCAAACGAAAAAUUUUCAAAUCUCGCAAGUAAAAACGAACGACAUGAUGCUGAUCACGAAUCUAAAACACUGAAUUGUGACUUUUACAAUCGCCUUAUUAAUGAAAUUAAACGUAACCUCGAUCAGCACCAAUCAUCUCAUCAUACAGGAAGAACCCAAAGAGCCUCGAAUUUAAUUUCAAGUAUUCAAAAUACGCGGCAGUCAAAUCAAGAUUCUGCUCUAUCAGAAACUAAUUUAGAAAAGGAACCACAUCUGGUUAUGAAAAAUUUUGAAAAUCUGAAUAUUGUACUAAGAAAUUCCAAAAAAGACGAAACUAUUCGCCCAGUUCAUGUAGAGCAUUGGUUAUCAGAAAUAAAAAAAGAUACCAAUUUAGAGCCAAUGCAGAAUACCGACAUAUUAGAGCACAGCACAAUUAAUGAAUAAGCAUUGAUCAGUGGCGAAUAUACUUAAAACACUGCUAAUUUAAGACAAUUAACCUUAAAAAUAUUGUACGCAGUAUGUGUUCAAAUUUACUUUGAAUUCUGUAAAUAAGAUAAUACAGAAUUUUGUGUGAAAAAUAUUUUUGUUUAGUAAAAAUAACUAUAUUUAAUACGAACAAUUGAUACAUAUGUAGGCUUUUUCGCUUAAUUGCAUAUUUAUACUUUGCUUCACAGAGAUUUCGUUUUAAUAACUCAAAGUAUAGCAUACAAUGCUGUACAAUCCGCAUGUACACCUUUUAUACCUAUCAAUAAAUCCUUUCAUUACAUAGUG